AUGGGUCGAAUCAACGCAAAUGACCGUCGUACUAAGCGUGCCGUGCGCAAUGACAAGAAGGACCGAAAAGAGAUUAGAGCAGCAACUAAAGAGGAGCUACAGGCCAUGAGAGCGCAGGCAGAAGCUCAAGAGGAAAACUUGGACGAUAUUAUUGCGGCGUAUGAGAAGGAAGUGGCAUCCAGAGAGAAGGUGAAUGGUUUGUGGAAGUGCAUGCAUGUGAUGAUAGGUACGCAGUUAAGUACGCAGUAUUUGGAUAUGUGCAUAUACACGACGCAGCUCAG